AUGUUGGAAGACGAAGAGUCCCAGACUCAUCUUGAACCACUUGAAAGGGAAUCUGCUGAAGAAUGGCGCACUGGCACUGGUAGGUGCGAGGUCCAGGCCAGCGAAUUUGUACUUGUAGUGCUCAUAGAAUAGAUUUUGAGUCUAAGCUUUUAAAUAGCCCGCAAAAAUAAAUAAGAGGCAAAAACCAUUGGGUGUGUUUGUGGGGUAAAAUAGUAUACGAUGACUGUAAACAAAGGCUUUGCGUUCUAAACGCACAAUCUUUCCUAACGUGACAUCGAGACAGCGUGACCAUAAAGACACCAGACGCUGGUGUGACAAGCGUGACCUCACCCACUGUUAUGUGGGAUUUUCACUUGAAACACUUUUUUCUAGUGUUCUAGUUAAGUGUGUAGGAUUAUUCACCGGCAUUUUUGUUAUUUAUUUUAUUUUACUGUCAAUGUUUAAGGAAAUGCAUGGAAUUUAUUUGCACACUGGAAAGAUUUUGUGAUGUCAGAAAAACUGCUUACAUCAAUGGUACACAUCUUCUAUGCUAUCCCUCCAAAUUGGCCAAGGGGAUCAAACAGGGAAAGGAUCCUACCAACCAUUAUGGCAAUUCUCAUAUGGCUAGCAUUUUGCAUGGAAAUGAGCAUCAUUAAAUUACUGUGGACCCAAGGUGACCAGGGUCAUGCCGCCAAUAAACACCCACCAAUUGGAUCUGUAUUACUUGUUGUGUUACUGGUGUUGUCGUCAACAGUUUCAUUUACAAUCAUGGUCAUCUACUUCUUUAAAUCAAGUAACAGGUUCCAUCACUCCCCCACUAAACUCAUCCCAGGAUUUGAAUUUGCACCAUUAGGAAAACAUCAAGAUGUGACACUGAAGAAAGAGCACUGGUUGGGCGUGAACUUGUUCCUUGUGUUUGCAAUCACUGGUCUUGGAACUUCCCUUUAUAAUGCAAUGAAAGUCAACAUCUUCUUCAGUUUCACUGAUUUGCAUGAAUUUACAAAACAGAUCAGUGAUGUCCAAAGAGGUCUAUACUACAGCACAUUAGUGAUACUGAACUGGGCCCACAUGAGUUCCAUACUUGUAUGUGGUACCUUUUACAUUGCAUGUCGUAGUAUCUCAAGUCACAUUGAUUUCACAGAAAAACUGCUUGUGUCACAUGUGACAGACUUUAAUUCUGCAAAGGAAAUUCAUGAAUGCCUCCUGAAGUAUUCAGAAAAGGUUUUAAAGUCACUUACCCCAUGGUUUACAGUUCACAGCAGUUUAUUUGGACUUGUAAUACUGCUGACAUUACUGGANUAUCUCAAGUCACAUUGAUUUCACAGAAAAACUGCUUGUAUCACAUGUGACAGACUUUAAUUCUGCAAAGGAAAUUCAUGAAUGCCUCCUGAAGUAUUCAGAAAAGGUUUUAAAGUCACUUACCCCAUGGUUUACAGUUCACAGCAGUUUAUUUGGACUUGUAAUACUGCUGACAUUACUGGACAUAAUGAGUACCAUCCAGUCUUCACAAAAAGGUCAUGACAUCAGCAAAAUCUGGUUAUCCGAGGUUACAGCAUCUUGGUUUGUAGCCAUUCAGUUUGCAUUCCCUUUUUUGUCUGCUAGCUUGGUAACUCGACGAUAUGAACAAAUGUAUGAGCAAUUAAACAGGAGAGCCACAAAUGUUACCAACUGUCACGAAUUGGACGCCUUCUUGAACUACUGUCUGAGAUGUAAAUCAGGGUUUUAUGUUCUGGGAAUCAGAAUCACCACAAGUCAUGCUGUUAUGUCAAUUGCAUCUGUUUUCAUUGGUUUGUUUCGAUUCUACAAGGAACUCUUUUAA